AGUGGAAAGAAUACAACGUGAUAAGACAAAUUUGCCGACUAACAGGUAAAAACAAUAAAACGAAUAUAAAUUUGGAAGUUGUUACUGAAGUGUUUAGGACGUAACUGUAGCUUUUUCAGUUUUUCGCGAAUGAAACUAUCUUGGCGGCAACAAUAGAUUCUAGUUUAUACUAUAUUUUAUUUCGUGUAAUUUCUAAAGAGUAAGAAUGGCGUCUUGGAUACCUUUAGAAUCUAAUCCGGACGUGAUGAACAAGUUUUUGAAAAGCUUGGGAGUACCAGAUGGAUGGGAAAUAUGUGAUAUCUUUGGAUUUGGACCUGAUGAACUCGCCAUAGUUCCUAGACCAGUUGCUUCUGUCAUUUUGUUAUUUCCAUAUAAUGAAGCUUAUGAAAAACGUAAGAAUGAAGAAGAGUUAAAAUUGAAAGAUAAAGGUCAACAAGUAUCAGAUGAUAUAUAUUUUAUCAAACAAUAUGUACACAAUGCUUGUGGAACUAUGGCUUUGAUUCAUAGUAUUGCUAAUAACAGAGAUAAGAUACAAUUAAAUGAAGGUAUAUUAAAACGUUUUUUGGAUGAUGGAAAAGAUAUGUCUCCAAGCGAUCGUGGUGAGAUGUUAAAAAACGCUGAAGAUAUAGUUAAUACUCAUAAGGAAAUUGCUACUGAAGGACAAACUGCGCCACCAAAUCCAGAAGAUGUACCACCUUAUCACUUUAUUGCAUUUGUUUGCAAAGAUGGAAACUUAUAUGAAUUAGAUGGCGGUAAGUUUGAUCCUAUUAAUCAUGGAGCUACUAGUCCAGAUUCAUUGCUUGAAGAUACAGUUAAUUUAAUCCAAGAAAAAUUUUUUUUUCAAAAUCCUGAUAGUUUAUAUUUUACCUUACUGUCAUUAUCAAAUGUUGGUGAUUUUUUCUAAGGACUAAAAAUUGUAUAAUUUUUUUUUAUUUGCUGAUAUAUUUCUAAUUAUAUAUUUUAUUUUAUUUUCAAGCUAAUUAAUAUUAAUAUUAUUUACCUACUAUAUAACACAUUUUCAAUUUUUUUUUUUUUUUUGAACUGAUAGUUUAUGUAAAAAAUAAAUUGUUUAUUCAAGUGGCCAGUUAAUUAUAUAAUUUUGAAUUUUCUGUUUUAUAAGAAUUACAAUAAAAAUCUUAAAGUAAUUGUAAUUCAAAUUGAGUGUUAUCAUUUUUUAAUACUUGUCAAAAGAAUGAUAUUUAGUGUUUAAUAAAUGUCUAGAUAUUGCUAAAAUAUAAUAAGAUUUGUAUGAGAAAGAGAAGGUAGAAAAGUUUUCUGUGGCCAUUUUAAAAUAGUAAUAUCUUUUUAAAUUUUUUUUUUUUAUCUUUUUAAGCCUGGCAACUAUGGCCAUUAGCUGUAGGUUUUUAAGUGUUUUGCUGUGGGGGAAAGAUACGGUUGGUUGAACACGUGUAUGUGUGGCAAGGUUUUUACUACUACAAUUCCCAGGUGGUCACCCAUCUGGAAAUUAGUGGCAGUGGCCGAUGCUUACUCUCAAUCACAUUACGUGAUUAAUUUUAUUAUUGUAACUGAACUUAAUGGUCACAAUUAAAAAGUCUACAAAUAAAUUGUGUAAAUUUAUA